CGUUCUCGGCAGCCAGCCGCAGGCGGGGGUGCGCGCGUCCGCUCCCGGUGGUCGGCAAAGCACUGUUGCUGUUGCCUGUGAGGCUUGGACCGGGCCCUAGGAGACAGAGCCAGAGCUCAUUCGUCUUUCAUAUAAGCAAGCUACAGAGAAGAAUCAGCUUUUGCCUUCCGUAUGAGACCCAGAGCAGACAGAGGCGUCCAUUGCCGGUCAGUUACAGCUUUAGAUUUUGGAAUCCACAAGGAAGCAGAAUCUGAACAUCUCUAUUCAGACCUUGAUUUCUCUGCCAAAUAAGAUGGAGCAGAGGUAGGUGAAAAACUGAAGGACAUCAACUGGACAGAGGCCAGUGGACGACUCCUUGGGGCUGGAAGACACCAACCCUGGGAUUCCCUGGGAUUUUAAGUUCACAUCGUCACUGCUCAGAGUUGGGGAACCCUUUAGAGAUGGGCAGCAGUGAACCCCUCCCAAUAGUGGAUAGUGUCAAGAGGAAGAAGAAGCGGAAAGCCACGGACUCCUUGCCAGGAAAGUUUGAAGAUGUAUAUAAGCUGACCUCUGAACUGCUGGGAGAGGGAGCCUAUGCCAGAGUCCAGGGUGCCAGGAACCUGCAUACUGGCAAAGAGUAUGCCGUCAAAAUCAUCGAAAAACAAGCAGGGCACAGUCGGAGUCGAGUAUUCCGAGAGGUGGAGACGCUCUAUCAGUGUCAAGGAAACAAGAACAUUUUGGAGCUGAUUGAGUUCUUUGAAGAUGACACAAGGUUUUACUUGGUCUUUGAGAAAUUGCAAGGAGGCUCCAUCCUAGCCCACAUCCAGAGGCGGAAGCACUUCAAUGAGCUAGAAGCCAGCCGAGUGGUGCGGGAUGUUGCCACUGCCCUUGACUUCCUACAUACCAAAGGCAUUGCUCACCGAGAUCUGAAGCCAGAAAAUAUAUUAUGUGAAUCUCCAGAAAAGGUGUCUCCAGUGAAAAUCUGUGACUUUGACUUGGGCAGUGGAGUGAAAUUGAACAACUCAUGCACACCCAUAACCACACCAGAGCUGACCACUCCAUGUGGCUCUGCAGAGUACAUGGCUCCUGAGGUGGUGGAGGUCUUCAGGGAUGAGGCUACAUUCUAUGACAAGCGCUGUGACCUGUGGAGCCUGGGUGUAGUCCUCUACAUCAUGCUGAGUGGCUACCCCCCCUUUGUAGGUCACUGUGGGGCCGACUGUGGCUGGGACCGGGGAGAAGUGUGCAGGGUGUGCCAGAACAAGCUGUUUGAGAGCAUCCAGGAAGGUAAAUACGAGUUUCCUGACAAGGACUGGGCUCACAUCUCCAGUGAGGCCAAAGACCUUAUCUCCAAGCUCCUGGUUCGAGAUGCAAAGCAAAGACUCAGUGCUGCCCAAGUCCUGAAGCACCCAUGGGUACAAGGGCAAGCUCCAGAAAGGGGACUCCCCACACCGCAAGUCCUCCAGAGGAACAGCAGCACCAUGGACCUGACACUCUUUGCAGCCGAGGCCAUAGCCCUGAACCGCCAGCUGUCUCAGCAUGAGGAGAAUGAAGAAGAGCCAGAGGCCCUGGCUGAGGGCCUCUGCUUCAUGAAGUUGUCUCCUCCCUCCAAGUCUCGCCUAGCUCGCCGCCGGGCCCUGGCCCAGGCUGGACGGAGUGGAGACACAGAACCAUGCCCAAUAUCCACAGGACUCUGAAGUGCUACAGUCAGUCAUAUGUUGUUAGACCCAGGUCUGUCCAGACAUUGCCUCCUGCAGAUCUGUAAGGCCAAAGGCCCCGGAGCCAACAGAGGGGCCUGCUAUGGGCCUCUGGGCAGGCUUUUUCCAUCCACAAAGGCCCCAGGGUUCCACCCAUCCCCCAUUUCCCCUGGGUCCUUGGAGGAAAAAGCUUUUUCCAAAGGGGUUGUCUUUGAAAAAGAAAGCAAUCACUUGUCACUUUGCAUAAUCGCCUGCAGCAGGGACAUCUCUUCAGUGGACUCCACCUGCUCACUGUAUGCAGAUCCCAGAUCCAGCCUGCUCUGGCAGGGGCUGCAGGCCUCAGGGAGCCAGCUUCAAGGAGCUGACAGAGGCUGCACAGACACACGUGCCUCUUCCCUCUCUGCACUGUCACCUUCCUCUAGCAGUCCUUCCACCUUCCUCUGUCCUUUGGAUGUCCUCUCAGCCUGUCUUCUCCCUGGCUGAGCUAAACCAUCCCUUCAAUUCAGGAGGGGCAAGGAGCCUGCCCCCUUCAGAAGGCCGGAUCAGUCUUCCAGUUUGUACCACAGAGAAGCACAUAAUCUUUCUUCGCCGUGACCGAAAUGUGUUUCUCAUUUAUCAUCCUCUUCCUUGUUUGGGAUUGCUGCUAAAGUCAGUAUUUCAUUUCUUAAAAACAUGUUUGCUCUUUUAACCCUGCUCUUCCAGCAAACCUAUAUAGAACUGCAAACUCCCAGUGCCAGCCCAUGGACUUUCCAGCGCAAAAUAUCUGUGCUCUUGGGUGUUAAUCAGCUGUCCCCCACAAUCCUGACUUGUUUUAAGCUCUUACUAUGAUGAGCACCUUAGAGACUGUUAGCACCUGCUGCUGCUGCUGCUGCUGCUGC